CUUAUACAGUUGUACAUCAACACUACCCCAAAAUCAUGUUCAAUCGCCAAUUUAAUACGUGCAAAAAUUGCUAAUUUCAAAGUCGCUAUUAUACGUCUGUGCUAACACCCUCCAACCAGAGAAAAAAAAAAAUUACGCUUCAAACUAUUUUUCAAAAAUCUUACAGCUCUGAGUGUUAAGCUAAUAUUGUGUAUUAUUUUAUGUUGUACAUUUUUUUGUUGUUUUUCUUUUUAGCAGCUUUCCCAGUAUGGUUUAUGGGCUUGUUUUUGUUUUUUUUUUACUACUGACGCCCAAAGUCAGCUGGGAUGGCCUCGUGUGCACUGAAACACUUAAAACCACAUGACACGCCAUAAAGAGUAAUUGGAAAGGACCAUUAACGCCGCUUGGGGGUCAGGGUCAGUUAGAACCUGCCCCCAGAGAGGUGAAGGAGUUGCUCCGGCCUGGGUGAGGUCAAAGUUCAUGUGCCAGACGCGCCUCCACAGCGCCUGUUUGUGCUUACACCGUUCUUCACUUUUUAAAGAAAUAGUUACGGAUGACGCUGAAUAAAUCUGACUCAAGGUUUGAAAGGAAGGUUUCAAGACUGCGAUAGCGCUUCCCCUUAUAUGUCCUCUGUGCCUCUGCUCUCAUUUCUUCUGUACUUCUCCAUUUAUGUCCUGUGCGCUUUGCCUUUGAUUUGACUUGCUUUCACUACACAUCCUUAAGUCAGGACCACACCUCCAAAUUUGACAGCGAGCAUUCGCUAAUUAGCAUUAGCCUCUAAUGUGUUCAUUCCACUCAUUCCAAUGUCAGCGUUUUCAUUUCCUAGAAAGGUACCGGUCACGAAUAAUCCUCAUGUACUCGACAUCGUUGCAUCGAUGCAGCAAAAUCAAACGACCUAGCACGUGUCCAAAAGGCCUCAGGGAUCCGUCCGCAAACGCUCCACCAAAGUCGUAGCGGGACAAGUGAGCUGCUCCCGGGCCGGGCCAGCCCCUCAAACGUGUGUCAGAUCAGCCGUUACAUGACAAGCUUUGCAGGGGGCCCGGGGCUGUUAUUUUUUCAGGCUGGCCACAAAUUCAGCGACUGCAUGCGACUUUAUCAUGAGACGAACUGGUCCGGUAGGUGUGUGUGUUUGCAUGUGUCUUUGUAUACUUGUGUGCGCACGGUUCCAGGAUUGGAGCCCUCAGCCAAGAACACUCUUGCACUUGAAUCGCACGGGAUGAGGAUGCCAUUGGGCCGGAGAUGAUAAAUGAUAGAGUGGAAACAUCGUAAAAAACACUUCAUCUCUUGUGAUUACUUCGGACAAGAUUUUCUUCAGCAGCGCUGUAGAUAAAUGCAUUGUGAUCACCCGGCGGGAGACGAACCUCAUCCGAAGCUGACAAAUGGCCGCACAGGAGUGCCACCUGACGGCCUUAGUCCUGGUCUCGGUCGUGGCGGCGAUUCUGGGCUCGUUACAGGUGGGCUACCACACGGGGACUGUCAACGCCCCCGCUAAGAUCAUCGAGGAGUUCUUCAACCAGACGUGGAGGCAUCGAUAUAACGAAACCAUGCCAGGCGAGAGCCUCACCCUCCUGUGGUCCCUCUCUGUCAGCAUCAAGGACUUUGGAUCUCUACUGGGCUGUCUGGGUGUCAAAUUCGUAGCUGACAAUUUUGGACGACGUAACUCCAUCCUGAUCGUCAACUGCCUGUCGGUGGUGGGGGCAACCCUGAUGGUGGUGUCCAAAGUCAGCGAAUCCUUUGAGACUCUGAUCCUGGGCAGGCUGCUUUUCGGUCUCUUCUGCGGCCUGGUGAUGAGCCUCAACCCGCUGUACAUCCAGGAGGUGUCGCCCACCCUGUUGAGGGGCGCUUUCGCCACCCUCAACCAGGUGGCCUACGCUUCUGGAAUCCUGCUCGGCAUGGUGUCGGGACUGGAGACCAUGCUGGGCACCAAAGAACUUUGGCCCGUGAUGAUGUCCCUGUCCCUGAUCCCGGCGCUGGUGCAGUACCUCGUCAUGCCUUUCUGCCCCGAGAGCCCUCGCUACCUGCUCAUCAACAAGGGGCAGGAGGACGAGGCCGACGCUGCCCUGCUCAGACUGCGAGGAUGUCCCGAACCGGUGCAGGCCGAGCUGGAGGAGAUGAAAGCUGAGGCGGCGCAUAUUCAGGCGUCCGUCGGAGUCUUGGAUUUUUUCCGGAAGCGAAGCUACAGGCAGCCGAUCAUCAUCGUCCUCUGCGUCAACUUGGGCAGCCAGCUGUCGGGAUUCAACGCGAUCAUCAAUUAUUCCACCAGAAUGUUCCAGGCUAAUUUCGAGGAGGCCAAGUACCUGACUCUGGGCGUUGGCGCCGUCAACGUGAUCUUCACUUUGGUGGCAUUCUUCCUGAUGGAAAAGGCAGGGCGGCGGCGACUGCUCCUGAUGGGCUUCGUCAUCAUCGCCACGUGCAACCUCCUGUUGACCGUCAUCGAUUUACUGGUGCAAACGGUACCCGAGCUGGGGAGCUUUCAGGUCCUGCUGGUGUUCUCCCUGAUCUCGGCCUACGAGCUCGGGCCGGGCCCCAUCUCCUGGUUCAUCGCCGGCGAGCUGUUCGACCAGCCCGGCAGGUCCAUCGGCAUGGCCUACGCCAGCAUGCUCAACUGGGGAGGGAAGUUCCUCCUGGCGCUGCUCUUUCCUCCCAUAUACAAAGUCAUCGGCGGCUUCUCUUACCUCCUCUUCAUGGCCAUGGCUGUGAUGGGCUUUGCCUUCACCUGGUUUCGGGUUCCCGAGACCAAGGGCCGAACUUUCGACGAGAUCGCCGAGGAGUUCCGGGGGGCUGAAAACCUCCCUAUGCACAAUAAGAAUGGAUUCAACACCUUCCACUAAAGCGAACCGUUGGUGUACAGUAUGUCUACGUAUGGUCGGCAGGGGGGGGGGGGGCGUCUCAUCACAGGUGGACUCAGUUGUUUUUGCAACUAUUCCCAAAUGUCACUUCGCUCCACUGGACGUACAAGAAGCCAGGAGGUGCACCGAGGAACUCAUUAAAGACUCAAAACCCGCUAACUGGAACUUUCAUGCUCCUUUAUCUCAAUAGCAUGGACACAUUGCCACCUAGUGGGCAGAAGUAAGCGCUUGAAAACACCAUGCGACAUUCAUUGGUAGUUUUGAAAUCUUUUUGGAGCACCCAAGAGCGUGGUUUGCCCCAAACAAAAAUCAAUUAGGCAGCGCAAAGCACUGAUUUAAAAAAAAAUGACAAUGACAUUGCAGAAUAAUGUGACGAGAAGAACUGAUGACAUGUUUAGCAUUAAACAGAUGGCGCGGCAUGACGAAACAUUUUGGAUGCGUUUAACGUGUCAAUGAUGAAUGGACGACAAAAAGUAGGAAAGAGGCACUGAAAAGAGGAAGGCAAAGAAGGGACACAACAAAAAAAGUGUCAGAACCAAAUAAAGAGACACACUGAAGCGUCACAAGUAGAGUAUGGCAAUACUUCUGAAUACUGGGGCUAAAAAAAAAGCUACAUCUACAAACAUCAAUUCUUAUUACACCCAAAGUAUGAUUAAAGAAGGGGAGCAUGAUUAAAUUGAAAUGAGGAACUUCAAUUAGCGUCAGAUUUUUAGAUAACGCUGGACAGUAAUUAACAGAUACACAAACUUGAUCUCACACGAACAUGAAUAAUGCACUUAAAUAUUGGGAAAUGAAAAAACAAGAAAAGGGCACUCAAGUGACUCAAUUAGAAUGUAUUUCACACAAAAGUUGAGUAAAUGUUGUCUCUUGAUAAUGUCAAUGUUUAAAAAUAAAAUAGUUCAACAGAAUUAGA